AUGUCCUGCUCUCUGGUAAGCCCUCUCAUUUCCGUAAUAAUUCUCGCGACCGAGCAGGACGAUUUUCAAUUCGAUCCCGAGCGUUUCGGCCGGCCGCUUUGCGAAGUUCCCUUAUUCCAGACCGCGACGAUCCCGCCCACGCUCGCUAAGGAUCAGAAGCCUUUCAGGCCAAGCUUUAAGAUCAUGCCAUGCCCAUAUGCGCGUAGUAUUGAAACCGCAGAGCCAGAGCUCUUAGAGCCGCCGCGGAAAAGCAGCAGCUCCAAGCGAAAAUACAAGAGUCCCGAGGGUUGGCGGAGUACGCAUAAGCACCACUCCACCGCGCGCCGAUCACCGUCGCGACAGGCUACUAUCUCCUGUCCCUGCGCGCGGGAACACAAAGCACCCAAGGUGCCGGAUCAUACAAGGUCAUGCGAGUUCUGUCAUGUAACUGAGACGCCGAAAUGGAGGUCUGGACCAUUGGGACGUCGUACCCUCUGCAACGUCUGUGGAUUGAUAUAUGCUAAGAGGGAGGAAAAGGCCCGGUCGUUCUUAUUGGAGAGGGAGUUUGGGUGUGACUCUGUUUCUGACGCAUCGUCGAGGUCAGCAAAUGUGUCGACUGAGGGUUCUCAUUCCUUGGGACUGCGAUGA